GCACACAGUUUUCAUAAGUAUGCAAUGGCACAUGAAGUAGAACCCCCUUUUUUCAAUAAUAAAUAAAUGGAAACAAAAAUAAUAAAAAUGGAUCGAAAGCAAAAACACAGCAAAGAUUUGAUUUGAAUUUGAUUUGAAUUUGAAAAUUCGAAAACGCAAUAUUUUGUGACGACAAUUGAACGCAUCCACUCGGUCAAGGAGAAGUGAAAUCGAAGCGACGCAUUCAUUCCAUUCUGACGUUUCAUCCAGUGACGAUACUAAUGGUUUUGUUUAUUUUGCUCUCAUCAACAUCUGUCCUCAAAAUGUUGAUGGAAUACGGUAUAUUUCGUGAUCAACAUGCAAGUGAAUAAUUCCAAUCAAACUGUUAAUCGCUGGAGUGAAGCACCGUGUUCGAUUUAAAGUGCAAAUUUGCAUAGUAUCCGGUGAAAUAGAGUGUACAAAAGACAUUGAGUAAACCAUAAAUUUUUUGGAUAAAAAAAACACUGCGUAUUUGAUGUGUGUGUGUUUCCUUGUCGUGCUUCCUACAUCCUUCUCACUUGCGCCACCGUCAAUAUUUACAUAGUUCGCGCGACAUAUUUGACUUUGUAACACCAAUACAAUCACAGUGGAUAUUCGCGAAUAUUGCGCGCAUCGGCAUAACAAUUGAAACGCACACUUGCCCGCACACAUACAUACGUGCACGGGACGAUGUGAAACGUGUUCGGAUACGGCGUUUAGAAAAGGAAACAAUAAAUUAUACGCAGUUAAAUUCAGCAGGCAAUAACAUCGUCGUCAUCAUCAUCAACAUCAUCACCACCAAAUCGUAUCGGCACGCAAUUUCGACGGAUGCGCUUCACUGUGUAUCCGUGUGUGUUUGUGUGCUGUUUUUGUUAUUUUUUCAUUUCUCUGUGAUUCAUUUCGCAAGCGUGUCAUGUUAAUGUAGUUGAGCAAACAAAAGCAUAUACACAUACGCAUCUUGCUCGGUGCAGAGCAUAAAAAGAUUUUUUUAAUGCGUCAUACAGGUGCAAGUUGAAUAUAGUGUAAAACGCAACGGAGAGGAAGAGAGACAUCGACUAAAGGCAAGGAUAAUAGUAUAAUAAUCAUAAGACGUGUAAAAUAAUUGCCACUGUGUCCCCGUGAAUGCAUACACACACACACACAGAGAGAGAGAGAGAGAGAGUGGGCAAGCGAGAGACUUUGGAAAAUUAAAGACGUUCGAAACGCGAAACUAAAAAACAAAAGGAAUCGGCCAACUAGUCGAACCAGCGCACGGCAAAACGAAACAGAGUGGAAAAGAGAGAAUUAAGAGAAGAACGUACGCAUAACAUAAAACAUUGCAUAAAACAACGACGACAUAACAAGGAGAACCAGAAGGCUUUUACCAUACGAAUGAUCGUAUAAAACGUAGCAACGGUGAACGAGCGACAGAGCAAAACUGCAACUCGAUUAAUGGCAUCAAGCAAUAGCGAAAAAGUGCAGCACUAAAUAAAAACGCGAAUCAAAUGAAAGACAUACACACACGAAACAAAAGGCAGCAGCAAAAGCGGCAGCAGGCAAAGAGGCGAACAGCGACAACAAGAAGAAGCACAGUGCCAGCAUUCAUCGAGUGCAUCAAAUAAGUGAACUGCAUUUCGAUACAUUCAAUUCAAGUGGUUAACUCGUGAAGUUUGCGCGCGCUAAAACACGGAUUGUUUCUAGUUCUCUCUGUCGAGCAAAACAACAAAAAAAAAUUGGAAGAAAGAAGAAAUAAUGUCGGCCUCCACAUCAACAUCAUCAUAUCUUGCUGCAGUCGCAUCUCGUCCACCAACUCCAUUUAAUUGUGAUGACGAAAUUGUGAAAUUGUUUCCAUUAAAAAGUAUUUCGGAUGUGGUACGUUUGUUUCAAGUGCAUUUGGAAACGGCAAAAGAGCCCGAUUUAACGUUGCUCUCCAUUGUGACGGGCAUCAUUGAAAAUACAUUGACUAGUCAUGAGUUGACAGGCAAGUGCAAUGCAAACUCAUUCGCAGCCAACGCUGACACUGCAACAUUGAACAAUAACAAUGCAGAACCAACGAAUAACAACAGCAGCAGCACCGCUGUUGACGCUUUGACCGAAACCAAAACCAAGGUCAAAGUGGAGGAGUCAAGCAAUCCAAUUGACACAUCAAAUGCAAUCGGAUGCAGCAAUUUUCCCGUGGUGACAUUUGAAACGGUUAAAAAUUUGUACGAAAAAUUCAUUAAAAUCAUUUCAUUGAUUGGACCGUGUAAACGCAUCGGCGCAAAAGAGGUGAAAAAAUCCAGCCGCUCAAAUGCAACAACAACACCUGUCUACGCAACAAGGGAAAUUAUUAAGCAAGUUUCGGAUGUUAUAUGGAAUUCAUUAAUUCGAAGCACGUACAAGGAUCGUGCACAUUUACAAAGUUUAUACAGUUAUUUGGCGGACAAUAAAUUGGAUUGUUUCGGUGUGGCAUUUGCCGUUGUUGCUGGACUUCAACAGUUGGGCUAUGACGAUGCUCAUUUGGCUAUAUCGGAAGACCAUGCUUGGGUGGUGUUUGGAAAAACUGGCGAGGAAACAAUUGAAGUUACCUGGCAUGGAAAAGGUGCUGAGGACAAACGUGGUCAAUCGGUGACGACGGGCUAUGAAUCGCAUGCAUGGCUUUAUUUAUCUGGGAAUCCGGUCAUCUGUGAUAGGUUUAUUGAGGUUGGUGCUAUAGUUUCUUCGAUAAAUCCAUCAUUGAGCAUGACCAGUGCAUGCUUGGAAGUGGCCGAACUACAGCAACAACUACUCUGGCUGCUUCAUGACAUGAACCAUCUGCAGCGAUAUCCAAUGGCGCUGGGGUGUUUAGGCGAACUUGAGGAGGUCCAAAAAACACCAGGACAACCAUCUUGCUUAGAAUUAUACCAAGCGGCUGUUGAAUCAGCUCAAAUCCACUACAAAAAUCAUCAUGUGUAUCCGUACACAUAUCAAGGAGGCUAUCAUUACCGGCAAAAACAGUACAAAGACGCAUUUUCCGCAUGGGCAAAUGCUGGCGAUGUGAUACGAUUAUUUAUUUAUUCGCGUGACGAUGAAGAAAUCUACAAGGAAUUUUUGGACAUCGCUAACGAGCUCAUACCGCACAUUAUGAAAAUGGAAAGCUCUGGACAUUCAGCGAAAAGCAUACUAAGAGAUCCACAUUGCUUUGCAAACUUGCUGAGAUUCUACGAUGGAAUUUGUUACUGGGAACAGGGUUCGUUAACGCCCAUUCUUCAUAUCGGAUGGGUUAAACCGCUGGUAACGACGAUUUCUCGGUUUGACGGUGAGAUUCGAUCUCAAGUGAUAAUCCACUGUGCAAAAGACGAAGACGACGUAAACGAGGCAAAUACAUCUAUUCGAUCGGAGAACAACAACAAUGACGUUUCAAUGGCGCCCAACAAUCCGGAUUCAAAUGACAAAAAGCCAAAAAAUGGCGAUGAUUCAAGUGACAAAUCAGAAACCGUUCGAACAACAUUGGUCGAAGCACUAACAGCUGCAUGUGGUGAGAAGAUUUUGAAUCCAGAUUUUCUUCUGCAGGGCGGUGGAAAGCCAUUUGCUGAGUCGCAAGUAAAAUCCGAACGCUAUGAUGAGAGUGAGAAACAACUUUUGCUCUUGGCGCAAACAUCACCGCGUCACGGAGGAUGUGAUGAAGCAUCGGCUGAAUCCAAUGAGAAACAUUCGAAUGAGGUGAAAACGGAACCAAAACCCGCUGCUGCUGAUGAUGAAAGUAAGGCAACGAUACCAUCAGUUGGUCCCGUAUUCAAGGAAACAGCCGAUGAUGAAAUAAUCAUUCCAAAACGACCCGAAAUCACUCUUUACAGUCAGAAAAUGAAAGGAUUGAAAGACUUGCUGCUGGCCGAAAAGCUGAACACCCAUGCGAUAUCACUGCAAUUGACCGCACAAUCACAAGUGCAAGUGGCCGGCAGGAAGAGCAGAUCGAUUGGUGCCAUAAACUAUGCAACAAGCACGAAACGGAGUCGACGUGAAUAAACAUCACCGCAAAGCAUAAAUUGAAAAAAAAAAAUGAAAUGAAACAAAAUAAUUCCGUAGCAAAAACAACCAUUAAAAACCUUUUUUCAUAUUUUCUUCAAUUGAUCUAUAAAAAAAAAUUGCGCAAAAAGAAAUGUCAACAGUUAAUUAGUUCCACCAGAAAUGGAACAAUCAAAAAUUCUUAAUGGAAAAGCCUGUGAUUCAAAGAAAAUAAUAUUUUUUAAUAUCACAACAAGAAAAAAGGAGGAAAAAAUAUGAACCUUUUGUCAAAUAUCACAUGAGUGUAAUGAGCCCAUUUUUUGAAAUUUAUUUAAUUUUGUACACAAAAAAAGCGUGAGAAACGAUUGGUAAACAAAUGGUUUUGGGUUAGGAAAUUGAGUGCGCCGUAUUUGAUGGCAAAUAGAAUGUAUAUUUCUGUUAUGAUAUUGUUGGCUUUUUGAUGCAGUGCAAAUACGGUGAAGACACAAGCGCCGUUUUGCACUGUUUCUAAGAAUGAAUUUGUUUAUUUUCCAAUACAAACCGAAAGUGAGAGAUGAGUGCUAUAUUUAUAUGGAAUGGAAUAAGUUAUUGUUAAAGGAUUGCAUUGAAAAAGAAAGUGUUGACAUUUUUUUUAAAUUAAUUUAAUUUAUUUUUGGUACAACUGAAUGAUGAAAAAAGCGAUUGGGAUAGGGAAAUGAGUAAAAAAAUUUUUUUUUCGAUUUUACGCUUUCAAUUUUAUUUUACGUAAUAUUUUUUCUGCAAAAUACACAACGAACGAUUUUGUUUGUUUCUUUGAAUCAUUUUCUUUUAAUCAUGUCAAUCUUUUUUUCUUCUGAAAUUUGAAAACAACUAAUGAAGUGCAUAUAUUUCUAAUGAGUGACAUAUUUUCGUAUUGUUGACAUUUGUUGAACCCAUUCUCAACGCGCAUUUAAAGAAAAAUCCACUGUUAAUUUUAUCUGCAAUAAAUAGUCUCUGUGUAGUGCAACCACUGGAAUCAAAAUAAAAUAGAUGUGUUAAUUCUCUGCAAGAAUAAUUACAACAAAAUAAUAGUACAAUAGACGGGUAAAACAAACAACAACAACAAAACAGGUUUUCAAACAGACAGCAAAACUGAAUCUAAUUUCUUGCCAUGCUGAAAAUAAUCAGUCAGAAUCCCAUAUGAAUCAAAUAAUCUCUGAUUUUCCAAUGUUUGAUAUAUGUUUUAGAUUGACAAAAGUAGAUUUUAUGUGCAAAUAUUUAUGAAAACAAACCACAAUUUAAUCUGAAUGUUAAACACUCAUAAUGAAACAGAACGGGAAAUAAUCACCGGAAAAAUAAAACAAUAAUUGAAUCGCUGCGGAAAAAGUCCGAGACUUUUAUCGAAAUGUUUUCGUAUUGUGGACAAUUUUCGUAUAUAACAAUUAUUUUUGGCUGAAUUAAAUUCAUCGUACACAAAAAGACACUAUGAAACGUCAUUACUCAAAAACGCCUCCAUGUACUGUCCGAAUUUGGCGUUCUAGUCGUGAUUGUAGAACAACGUAAUUCUUCUUUUUAUUGUAUGCGACGAAUUCAAGUUCCAAACUUCUGUUCCUUGCGAAAACUGCGAUAAAGUCUGUAAUUUUUCUCAGCAGUUCAAUUUUAUUAACAAAAAACUAAAACUAAACAGAAACAACACAGAAAAUAAAACCCACACAGAAUUCCCUGACAAACAAAAGUCGUAUGCAUUCACUUCCUUGGAUUUAAAUACAAACGAUGUAUUUUUAACAUAUUUAUUUAGAUAAUUAAUUUAUUUUCGGACCCAAAUAUCUUUUAAUGUUUGCUUUGAGCAAAAUUCCAUUGUUUUAAUUCUCAAUUCCGUGACUUGUGCAUGUAAGUUAUUAUCACAGCUUAAGUUUUAAUCAGCAAGUGCUUUUUUUCGUUGUUUUAAACAAUUUGGUUUUAUUUUGUGAUUUUUAAUUUUUUUCACACUCCUUCAUUUUAUUUAUUAUUUUUAUAAAAGAAAAAAAGGAAACCGACGCGCAUUUCAAAAUACUUUUCAAAUGAAAUAAAUCUAUAUUUUUAUGUAAAAUUCUUAUUUGUGUUGUAUUGCAAGACAGAAACAAAUAUAAUCUCUCUUGAUGUGCUUUUAGAAGUAUUAGAAAAAAUGUACAAUCCAAAAUAAAUCUGAAUAAAUGAAGCAAUAGAAAUAAA